GAUGAUUGAACUUGAAAUAUUGUCCCUUCAUAUGAUUUUUGUUUGUGGGAAUGUUUAUGCUGUAAGAUCAGAUGUCAAAAUGUUGUAAUCUUUUUUUUGUUGCCUUUUCUUAUGUUUGAAAAGUAAUGAAAUCUGGACUCUUAAUGUUGUUGCUGUGUAGUCAUUUCAAUUCUGUCUUUUCUAUCACAUUGCAUGUUUAGUGCAGAAUUUUUUGGGAUGCAACUGGUGGGCUGUAAGAUUCUUACUGUCAGUUCUUUAUCAUGUAUUUUAAACAGAGAAGAAAGGAGAUUUGGGGCUCCUUGAUUUUUGAGAUAUUUAAAGAGAAGAAUAGGGAAGAAAGAGAGAGAAUGCUUCAGUUCCUUUUUCAUGUGCUACCUAUAUAAUUUUUGUUUAAACAAGUUGCUUAGUAAUGGAAGUGAAGAGAAACAUUGAAAAUAGGUUAAUGGAAGAGUGUAGAUUCUGAUGCUCGUUACGUAAUAUUGUUUUAUUUAAAUAGGUUUGUUGUGUUAUCAUAGAUUAUUAUUCUAAAGGGUUUUGUUUCCUAUUGAGAAUAUGCUUGUGUACUUGGUUUUUUUUUAUAGGUGUUGGAUUAUUUGAUUUAGUUCAAUUGUAUUUUCGAACUGCAAUGCUGUUUCUUCAUUUUUCUCGAGCCGGGAGACUCCUUUGGCCCGCUCUCCUCUAUGGGUAUGAGUUGCCGCCAUCCUUCUCUUCCUAGAUCCUGUCCAUAGUUUUUUUAUGAGUACGGGAUACACUGUGUAGAAUGAUGAUGAUGAAUGUUGUUUCUUCAUAAAGAGUGAAUAUUUGUGCCUUUUUUUCUUGAAUGUAGUGCUUUUGCUUUUUUUUUUUUUUUUUUUUUUUUUAUCGUUUUGAUCUGUCUUCAUGAUUGGAUGUCCCGUGGGUCAUUGCCAGUUUUUUUUACCACAUUCAUUCAUUUCCAUGAGAGUAUCCCCUUUUUUCCAACUAUUCUUGGUGGGUCUUUUUGUGAAAAGUUUGUUCCAUGUUAGUUAAAAUUGCCGACUACCUGGAUUAUGCUCAAGGCUGCCUUGUGUGCUACUAUUUUUGUUUUAUGUACUUACUAGAAAUUGCUUUACGGUUUUAGACUUUUAUAUAGAUAUGCUUGUUUGAUGAGCGUUCAUGAUAAACUUAUAAGGUUAGCUUAACAUCUCAGGUACUUCACUUGAUAGCUGUCUCUGUACCGGAAAUAAUUUCACUUAUUAGUGUGACAUACCUUUUCUGUUAUGACUUUCAGAUUCGUAAUUCUUCUUCCCUGACCCUGUCGCCUUGCCCGUUCUGUCCCCUAACUCCACUUACGAGCAACCUAGAGCUAGCUAGGUGGUUAGUUUUCUCGUUAUUUUAGGGAGAGCCUUCCCCGACAACAGGUUCCCUUUUCAAGCCACAAAUGUUGCAGGGAAAUUCUGGUGGGUCCUCCACAUUUCCUUUUGUUAUAAAUAGCUCCAAUUCCUUGGAUGGUACCCAAUCAAGUGGCUUUGAGUUCAAACCCAAUCCAGGAUCAUAUUCGUUUGGAGGCUUCUCUUUCUCAGGAUCUCUGGUUUCUUCUGCAGAUCCAAACCAACAGCAAGCUGGGCAAUCUAACCAAGUCCAAUCGGACUGCGCACAUCAGUCAUCUGAUCCAUCUGUUGCAGUUAAAAGUGAAUUGGCACCUACUAAUGAGCAUAACUCAACUAUGGUUCUUCCAUCCUCCAGUGUACCUCCUGAAGUCGAUUCCAAUGAAUUCAAUCAAAAAGCAGACUCUAAUAGUGAUGUUCAGACACCACCACUAGAGCUGAAAGGAUCUGGAUCUCAAGUAUCUGAGCGAACAUCCGAUGAUGGCUACAAUUGGAGGAAGUAUGGGCAGAAGCUUGUCAAGGGAAGUGAAUUUCCUCGAAGUUAUUACAAAUGUACGCAUCCGAACUGUGAAGUCAAAAAACUGUUUGAGCGAUCACCUGACGGAACAAUAACUGAAAUUAUUUACAAAGGAACACAUGAUCAUCCUAAACCUCAACCUAAUCGCCGACUUCCUGCUGGCUCUAUGAUGUCAGCACUUGAAGAAAGGUCUGACAGAGUGCCGUCCUUUAAUGCUCAAGAAGGCAUGCCUACAAACUCUUAUGGCCAACCAGCCCAUAACAGUGAGCUAAGUGGCACCCCUGACCUAUCCCCUUGUGGAGCUAAUGACAAUAGUGGAGAACAUAAUGCUUCUCAGUUAAAUAGAAGUUCCGAUGAUGCUGAGAAUGAUGAUCCAUUUGGAAAGAGGAGGAGGAUGGAAAUGGGAGAACUGGACAUUAAUUCGGUAGUCAAGCCUAUCCGAGAACCGCGUGUUGUUGUUCAAACUGUGAGUGAAGUAGAUAUACUUGAUGAUGGGUACCGCUGGCGCAAGUAUGGGCAGAAGGUAGUGAGAGGAAACCCUAAUCCAAGGAGUUAUUACAAAUGCACUCAUCCUGGAUGUCCAGUUCGGAAACACGUGGAGAGGGCAUCCCACGACCCUAAAGCUGUCAUAACCACAUAUGAAGGGAAGCACAAUCAUGAAGUACCAACUGCUCGGAAUAGCAGCCAUGACACUGCAGCCCCUGCAGGCACUAGCAUGGUAUCAAGGAUGAGCCCGCAUGAAAGCAAUGAUGCGGUAAGCCUUGAUCUUGGUGUCGGGAUAAGAGCAGCUUCUGGGUACAAACCUGGUCAUCCACAGCAGGUUAUGUCCAGUGACCAUCCACAGGGCCAGCCCCAAUUUAACGGUUCCAAUCUCUUGUUGCUUCAACCGAACCCAAUGUCGACAUUUUCUGGUUAUGUAAAUGGUGGUAUGGUGCUGUAUGGUUCUAGGGAAAACCAUAGUCAAGGGCAUAGUAUUGGAAAUCAGCCUGUAAAUAAUUCUUCUACACAUUCAUAUCAGCAAAACAUGGGAAGAAUACUCAUGGGUCCUUGAAUUAAAGCAGAAGAAACCGAAAAAAUGUCAUUUUUUUCGUCUUUCCUUUUAUAUGUUCUUAAUUCAUAUUUUUAUUUACAUAGGAUGGCCAGAAAUCCCCAAUAGUUAUCAAAGUAUCUUCACUUGUUAACUAUUCUGAUGUUAUAUUAUAUUUCGAUUGGAUAUAGACGUUAGUUCUAAUCAGCCAAGGCGAGCUGAGCUGAGCCGAGCCUGAGAACUUGUGUAUAGUUUUAAUUUGUUACCAAUGUAAGCAAACGUAUAGAGUAUAUUUGUUUGAAAUGGAAAAGAGCGCUAUAUGGAGCCAUAGGCGAAAUUAUGAAGGUCUUAUGGAUCAAUCCCCGUUAGUAUUUAAUA